AGUAGCUCUCCUCUGAAGGCGGCUCGCCGUGCUGGGACUUUGACAGUGAGUGAUGGCUGGAGCACAGGCAGUUCCAGCCUAGUGCCUCAGUGCUCCAACAUACAUAGUGAGAAAGAGAGAGAGAGAAAGAAAGAGAAAGGGAGAGAGAGAGAAGAAAGAGUGGAUGUCAUCGCGUCACUGUGGCAGGUGCACGCUCUGCGUGGAGAGAGCAGUGGAUUUUGAGGACGGGCUGCUGCUCUUUGGUGGAUGUUAACGGCACCUCUUGCCUCUCAGCCUUCAUGUGGAGCGCCUUCUCCCAUCCACAGCACCUGCACAGGCACAGAGGACACCGGAGCACCUCCUUCUGAAUGCUUCCUGACAUUUUUUGUGUGUGUGUCUCUUCACCACGGUACUUUGAAUCCUCACAAUGAAAAACCCCCACUGGCUUUUGAAAGUUUAAGUCAUCUCAGGUGCCUUGAGCAGUUGUUAGGCAGCUGGGUUCUCUAAUCCCUCUUUUCUGUGUUUUUUUUUUUUUUUUUUUCUAUUUUUCUUGUAUCUGGAGCAAGGAGAAGGGAGUGCAGGUUGGCUCAUUAGAAGACUCCCUUUCCUAUACUGUUGUGUGCGACGUGUCACGACUCGGGUUACAGGCAGCAGCAGGACAAUGUAUGGAUUACCCCUCUCGCGGCCGACCAGCUCGCCCCGGGGAAGUGGCCAGUGAGCUGGCAGGACGAGGAGGAGUCAUCAGCGCUGGCGGCGUUCCAUCACUCCGGGGAAGGACUCUGUAACAAGCUCCCUGACAACACUUACAAGCUGGUCGGAUACGAGCACGACAGGAGCAGGAGUGGAAGCACCCUUCGCAGGCUGGGUCAGAGGGGAGUGGCAGAAGAAUGCUGGUCCCGGGUGCCCAGGGGCAGGAUGUCGUUGCGUUGGCAGAGAGCUGCGGUCGUUAGAUGGUUCUUCUUGAUGCUCUUAUGGCAGUGGGCAUCCCUGGGCCCCCUCAGCUGGGUGCUGGCCCUGGCUGAGCCCAACCCCUCACCCUUCUCCUCCGUGUCCGGCCGCUCCAGCGGCCAGCUGGACUGGCUGCUCUCCGACAAAGGGCCCUUUCACCGCUGCCCCGAGUACACUGAGUUCAAGGAGCGCUUCCAGCAAGGCUUCACCACCCGCUACAAAAUCUAUAGGGAAUUCAGUCACUGGAAAGUGAACAGCUUGGCCACGGAGAAAAGAGACUUCUUCAAGGCCCCGCUGCCCUUGGCACCCGAGUUCCUGCGCAACCUCCGGCUGCUGGGACGAAGGCCGACUCUCCAGCAGAUCAACGAGAAUCUGAUCAAGAAAUAUGGCACCCACUUCUUAGUGUCCGCUACUCUUGGUGGGGAGGAAUCGCUCACAAUUUUCCUGGAUAAGCAGAAGCUCAGCAAAAAGUCCGAGGGGAAUGGCAACAGCUCAGUGGUCUCCCUGGAAAUCCUGCACCAGUUGGCCGCCUCCUACUUCACCGACAGGGAGAGCACCCUGAGGCGUCUCCACCACCUGCAGAUCGCAACCUCUGCCAUCAAGGUAACCGAGACCAGAACGGGGCCCCUCGGAUGCAGCAACUACGACAGUCUGGAUUCUGUGAGCUCCGUCUUAGUGCACAGCCCUGAAAAUAAGAUCCAUCUGAAAGGCCUGCAGGAUGUGCUGCCCGAGUUCUUGCGGAGCCGCUUCGUGGAGGCGGCCCUCAGCUACGUGGCGUGCAACUCGGAGGGCGAGCUGCUCUGCCGCAACAACGACUGCUGGUGCCACUGCUCGCCCAAGUACCCCGAGUGCAACUGCCCAUUCGCCGACAUCAAAGCCAUGGAGGAGAGCCUCCGCAAGAGCAAGGAUGCCUGGGCCAAUUCCAACAAUGAGUUCAUGGGGUCAGAUGAAUUCAAGUCCUUUUUGAAUAAGCUGCCCACAGACCAGUUCCUCAACACCUCGGCCAUCCUGAGGUUCUGGACGUCGGACGGCGCUCUCCAGCGGCGUUACGGGCAGCUGGAGGCCAACACCAAGCUGGUGAUGGGCAAGGCCCAGAAGAUCGUGCGCAAGCUCUUCACCCUGAGCAAGCGCUGCCCCAAGCAGCCCAGAAUCAGCCUGCCCAGAGAGAGGGCACUGCGAUUCUGGCUGAACCGCGCACAGUCGCUCCUGUACUGCAGCGAGCACGGACUCCUGGGCACCUUCUCCGAGGAGACUCGGAGCUGCACCUGCCCGUCCGAGCAGGCAACCUCAUGCCAGGGCAGCGUGCCAUGCCAGGUGGGUGAGGGCACCUCGUGCGCCACCUGCGCGGCCGACAACGUCACCCGCUGCGGCGCUUGCCACCCGGGCAGCGUGCUGCACGCGGGCGCCUGCCGGCCCAGCAUCGCCAACUCGCUGGACCACUACGUCAACUUUGACUUUGACAUGCCGGACGCGGAGACGCGCUACCUGCUGGGCCGGCUGGACAGCCGCAUGGAGGUGCACGCCAUCUACAUCAGCAACGACGUGCGCCUGGGCAGCUGGUUCAAUCCGGGCUGGCGCAAGCGCAUGCUUCUCACGCUCAAGAGCAACAAGAACAAGUCCAACCUCAUCCACAUGCUCAUGGGCCUCAGCUUCCAGAUCUGCGCCACCAAGAACAGCACCCUGGAGCCCGUACCCGCCAUCUACGUCAACCCGUUCGGGGGCAGCCACUCCGAGAGCUGGUUCAUGCCAGUCAACCAGCAGGACUUCCCCGACUGGGAAAGAACUAAGCUGGAUGGCUCGCUCCAGUGCCAGAACUGGACGCUGGUGAUGGGCAGCAAGUGGAAGUCCUUCUUCGAGACGGUGCACAUCUACCUGCGCAGCCGUAUCGUCACGGACGACCCGGCCGCCAACGAGACGCUCUUCUACGAGCCGCUGGACCUGGACGACCACACCUCCAACCUGGGCUACAUGAAGAUCAACAGCCUCAAAGUGUUCGGCUACAGCAUGCACUUUGACCCCGAGGGCAUCAAGGACCUGAUCCUGCAGCUAGACUACCCGUACACACAGGGUUCGCAGGACGCCGCCUUCCUCAUGCUGCUGGAGAUGCGCGACCGCAUCAACAGGCUGUCUCCGCCAGGACCGGGCGGCCAGCCCCUGGACCUCUUCUCCUGCCUGCUCCGGCACCGGCUCAAGCUGUCGGCCAGCGAGGUGGCACGCCUCCGGGACUCCCUGCAGAGCUUCAGCGCCAGGCUGCCCAACUCCCCGGAGCCUGAGCUGGGGCAGUUAUGCAGCUAGCCUGGACAAAUCCCUCUGGCACGCAUGUGUGUGUUGUUUGUGUUUCAGUGUGAGUGUGUGUGUGUGUGUGUGUGUGUGUGUGUCUGUGUUUGUGUGCAAAAAAACAAAUUCACAAGUGUGUCUCUGGCCACGCUAACCGCGAGCAGGCAAACAUGAAGCGUUUGGGGACAAUUCUGGAGGACUGUGUGGGUAUCUGUGUGGGGGCGGCCUGAACUGAUUGUCCACACACUGGCUGUUCGGCAUCACAAAACAGUGGAGAUUUGUCAUCCUCGAGUCAUAGCACACUGCAUAUAAAUGGAUCUCUGGACUUGAGACUCAAUCUGAGGACAAAAAAAGGCCUUCAAAAAAGAGAUUUUGCAAUGGAUUGCUUGUUGAUUAUUAUGUUACAGAGGUGGAAAAGGGAAGAAAAUGAAUCGCUAUGGGAAGCACUUGUUUUCUCUGUCACAAUACACUGCAGGUUAUUUUUUCAUUUUAUCAUUAUUAUGUUUGGAAUGGAAUAACCACAUAGAGCAUCAGCCCAGGAGGAAAGAAAAAUAGCUAAACGGUCAAACAGUGAUAACAAUCGAUAUGAAAUUUGCAUUCUUCAUUUUCUGUGUCAUCUUGAUAAAUCCUGUACAGCGAAAUGUAUAAUUGAUCUUGAAUUUGGAUUGAGAUGCCCUGAUGUAUUCAGAGACAUGGCUACACCAAAUGUUCUGCUUUAUGCUGAACAUAAUGGCAAAUGUCUGUUUUUUAACGUUCCAAGGAAAUCACUUUUGAGAUUGUAAUGCUACUGAGGAUAUUGUUUUGAAGAGGCCUGUUGACAGCUUUGUAAAUAUUGCUUUAUCUUAUUUCAAUUGUUAUAGUUGCAUUGCAUUGCUUUUUUGGGAUAAAUUAUAAAUGUGAAAUUCGUACUUUUUGAAAGUACAAAGACCAAAAGCAUCUACUGAAAAAAGGAGCAGCGUCCAAUGCCUUAUGAAGUGGAGUCUUUGUUCAGAUAUUGAAGCACACUCGUUUUUCUAUCUGCAUCCAAGCAUCUUUUGUUUUUCUCGCAAACAAUGUUUUGCUGUAUAAUUGCAAUAUUUUUAUGUUAACGGUGAAUUUCAUAACAGCACCAUUAUGACACGUAUGGAAUUAUAAAGCUCAAAUUGUUGUUGCGAUCAUAUUGGUGGUUCUAUCAUAACUUCUGUACAGAUUCAUUGUGGUCAUGUCAUGCUGUCUCUUUCUCUGGGUGUGUGUAUGUAAAACUGAAGAC